GGAGGUGGUGACUCAUGAUGAGUCGCACGGCAAAACGAUCAAAUCAACGACCCAGCACGUUGACAUGUUUGGUUAUGUCCACCAAAAGACUGAGAUUCGGACACUGGACAAGGAUGGCAAUGAAGUCAGCCGGGAAUCUCGAUACACCGUCCACCCUUCUUCUGACAAGGAGAACCAGGCCUUAACACAGGCCGGCCGGAUCGAGUCUUCAGGUGUCGAUCGCCAGGAUGAGAAGGAUGAGAAGGAUGAGAAGGACAAGACUGUAGGCACUACAGGCAGAUCCUCGGGCUGGUUCUGGCGAUGAAUCACGAAGAAUGUUGAGCAGGGCAGUUAGUAUGGUUUCCUCCGCUCCCUCAUUCGAACCUAAAGCUCUCUACUCUUUACUGAAAUAUAUUUCAUGAACUUG